AUGUUGAAAGAUGAAGCGUUCACAACAGUGUUCCAGCUUCGGCUACAUGGGAGCCAGUUGGCUGAAGAUGAAAUCUACCAGAUGGCUGAAACCUGCCACUACACUGCUUGGGCCUGCAGGGAAAUUGUCUGCGAUCACAACUAUAUGGAGGUGUCUGUGAAAAGGGCGGCUCCGGAUGAUUACAUCCUGCCUAAAAAUCCCAUCCCGGAGGCUCAUGCAAUGCUUGGUCAUCUUCGAAGAUCUGCAGAGAAACGGCCUAUUGAUGCAGGCUUCAGAAUGACAACCAUCACCUUCUUCACACCUGAGGAGAAGGUUAUGAAGGUGAUCGAUGCCCAGAGAAGUGGACACGGGAUUGCAAACACUCCUAAAAGGCUGGUUCUCAGAAGUCCAAAGGCUUCACCGGAAACGUACACUCAAAAUGUAGCAGGGGUGCCUAUGCUGGUGGUAAAGACCUCAACAGUUUUUGAAAAGAAGUGGCUGGUAACUCGGAUUGAUGCGGCAGCCGCUUGCCCAAUACAGGAAGGUAGUGUUUUCUUCACUGCCAACACAAUCACCUGGUACCUUCCUCGGCACAUCGACCCACUGAUUUCCUACGGCCAGCCAAAACUGUUAGAGGUGUACAUGGGCAUCGAUGGUCAGAGGCUUGAUGCUGCUGAAGUUGAGGCCAGACGGUAUUCACUGACUGUCACUGACGCGUACAUCAUCAGCGUCAUUCCUAUUGGAGCUGUUGGUGGUUACUUCAAGAGCCACGUUCAGGAUGGCCAGUACCACGUCUCCUACACGAUCGAGCCGAUGAUCGAGAUGUUCUGGACUGAAGAUGCCACUCAUGAGGGAACCAGAUACAAAGUCUUCUUCCCCAUCACAACACCACUACUGCCACGACCACCUCAAGUUACUGACCGCACUGUCGCAGCAGAGCGGGUGUUCAAGCUUGAGCUUGGCUAUUUUUGCCCAGAUGUGGCACUGGUGAAUAUUACCUUCCCCACUGAGGUUGUGUCCGUGGCAGAGUGCCGAGCCAGGGGCAUUAACGUCCUGGAGCACAUGUACCCCAACAGCAGCUACAAGGUCUUCACAGUUGAAGUGCCCUUCACAGACCCGGUUGUUCAACAAACGAGCCAAGUAGGGGCUACGGUCUACUCUCUUCACCUGGUCUUCGGCUUAGUUGUGUUGGAUGAUUUUGUUCCUUUUUCUCACACUGCUUAUGUGCAAGCUACUUUAGAAAACAUUGUUCCUCCCUCAGUCUCUGGUGGCUGUGAUUAUCAGAACUUUUACAUCCUUGUGAAGUAUGGAACUCAAGGCUUCAACUUCCAGACUGCAGUGGGGACACAAUUGCUGACCCAAACUUUGGCUCAGCAGUAUGGCUUCGUGGAGAAUGGAACACACUUCAGCUUUGUAGUGCCGUUUUUUGACCCUGCUGUUGUGUACGAGGCUAUUGAACUGUCAUCUAUUAAGAGCAGACUUGAUGUUACUCUGAGGAACCUGGAAACAAACACGAUUAUCAAAGAAUUCUCCGUGGCUUGCAAUUUCAUUUCAUCGCUGACUGAGUGUUUCCCUAAUGGAACCAUGACCGCUCUAGCUGUGAAACUGGAGUCAGUUCCAGGUCUGAACCCCAGUCAGCUCACACUCAGAGACCCCACCUGUGGUCCUGCCUACAGCGAUGAGCGCUACGCUUACUUUGUCUUCACUGGGAACUCUUGUGGGACCACUAGGAAGUUUUUGCCCAAUAUGAUGAUGUAUGAAAAUGAAAUCUCGCUGCCGGAUGAGCUUGAAGCAAAAAGGGCAUCUAACUCAGAGGAACCGGAGUAUGAGUUAAAAGUUUCAUGCUAUUAUGACAUCAACACAACCUAUGCUGUGGCCUUUCAACCGAGACAACGCAGGAACGAACCAUAUGCUGAAAACGCAAAAGGCCAGCUGCAAGUUGCAAUGAGACUUGCUUUGGACGACUCCUAUAGCGUGUUCCACAGGGUUGAGGACUAUCCCAUAACAAAAUAUCUACAGCAGCCCCUGUACUUUGAAGUGGAGCUGUUAACACCUGCAAGCCCCGAAGUGUCGGUGGAGCUGGAGAACUGCUGGGCGACGCUGGCUGAAGACAGGACGUCUCGGCCCAGAUGGAAUCUCAUCAUUAAUGGCUGUACAAACCCUGUUGACCAGUAUCAGGUGAUCUUCCAUCCAGUUUGGACUGAUGCCAGAGUUCAGUAUCCUUCUCAUUUCAAACGCUUUGAGGUAAAGAUGUUUGCCUUCACUCGAGACCAAGAGGAUUUGAGUCGCCAGCUCUUCGUCCACUGUGAUGUGAUGAUCUGUGAUGCCAGAAAUCCACUUGGUGGAGUUUGCAAGGGGCAAUGUGUGAACCCAGAUAACAGAAAUAAAGGUCAAAGACGUGCCGUUUCAGAUGAGAACAAGUUCAAUCAUGUGUCACUGGGGCCAAUCCGUAUUAGCUGA